AUGGAGCUGCAGAAGUUCGAGAUUAGCGAUUCGAGGCUUGAGCACAAUAAUUGGCAGUUCCCAAAGACGCUCAAAACCAGGCCAUUGCGAAGUCUAGAAGAAGAAGAUUUCCUUGUUAACCACAAAAUCGACAGAAGCUACGAUGACAGCACAGUCCGAUUCAAGCUGCUGGUCGGCAAUGCCGUCAGCGCAAACUUGAAGGACACCGACAACCUAGCCAUUGACUCAGAAGUGUUAACCAUCGUCAAACAACAAGGAUGGGUAUCUGACGAGUACCUCCACCUCUGGCGACGGGAUAACGGAGGCUCCGCUGCUUUGACAUCUCAUGGAAUCCUCACGUUCAUAUUGCAGACGCCGAGAGAUGGUCGGUCGUUUUGCUCACUGUCCCUGGUGAACCGUGAGAGGCACUACUGUGGCGGGCUGUACAUGACGGACGAGAACUUCAGUCUGAAUGCACUCUUGUCGUCCAAGGAGUACAUCAACAAGCAUCCAAAAGUGCCAAGGGACUUCGCCGUUCUUCCCUUCCAUAUCCUGCAGCAUCAUGUCGAUGAGACUUUGUCGCAAGUGCAGGACCUAUCCCGCCAGAUCACUGCCACUGAACGAAGGAUCGCAGAUGGUCGCAUAUCGCUCGAAGAUAAUGGCGACUAUAAGCUGCUGAACAGACUCAAUUUGGAGCAUGUGAGGCUGCAGCGGAGGUCCAACUUUGAGAUUGAGCUCGCAUCGAACUUGAUCAAGUAUCUCGACAUAUACCACAAGAUGUGGACGGCUCUGUGGGAAGGCGGCACCGGCUACAUCGAGGACAUGCGGGAGAAAGUCGAGCAGCAGACGCGGUAUUCCGAGCAAGUUCAGCGAGACCUGGAGAUGAUGCCGCGACGUAUCGACAAUCAAUCGAAGGCGCUUUUCAACAUCAUUGCUAUGCGGGACAAUAAGCUGAACAUCGAGCUCGCGGCAAGCUCGAAACGUAUCGCAGAAGAGAGCCGGCUGGACAACCUCCUCAGCGUGAAGCUCGCCAAAGCGACCGCGGAUGUUGCCGAGCAAACGCGGCAGGAUAGUGCUGCGAUGAAGACGAUAGCGGUGUUGACACUGACGUUCCUGCCUGGAACAGCUGUCGCGUCUUUCUUUAGCAUGAACGGCAUGUUCAAUUGGGAGCCCUCGCCGGGCCAAUCGCUUGCUUCGCCCUACCUUUACGUCUUCUUCGUUGUGACAAUACCUCUCACGAUCAUUGUAUACGUUGCGUGGUGGUAUUGGUUCCGGAGGGCGCAGAAAGAGUUCCAGAAGAAUUACGAGACCUCGGACUUCGCUGCAGUGGAGCAGGAUCUGUUGAAGCGAAUGCGGACGGCGACAAAUAGCUGGCAGACGACUGGCAGGCACCCGAAGGAAUGA